AUGCCAAAACCAAAAACGACAAAGGGAAAUCCAAUCCAAGUCGCCAUCCGAGACUGGAUUGACUCAACUACAUUCGAAAAUACAGAGACGAGCCAAACAUGGCAAGAUGAACUUCUAAACAGUGCGCCAAAGCGCUUCACAAUCUAUGAACCAAUGGCGCUUCUACCCACGGGCAGCUUCACAAACAUACCCUGGACAACCACGUUGCAAGGUGUCGGCCAAGACGCCCGUGAGCAGCUAUGGUCUAGGAUUCUACAAGAGCUUUCAAGACAGGCCAAGGAACCGUUGACUCACCUCGCGGUAAACGAGGGUAUCCCUCUGCACAAGGCUGAGGGUGAGGCAGAAGAGAAUGUGCUCAGAAGUCCCAGUGGGCUUCGCACCUUUUACGGGGACUUUGGACCAACAAGUACAUCGACAGAGGGGCCGUCUCAACAGGAUUUCGACAGGACGCUUUGGGUAUCGACGAAGCAAAAUGGCAUCUUCCAGACUUGGGCACCCAGAUGGACCAUGUUCAGCCGAGGAAACGUCAAGGAAAAGGCGAGGCUUCUGGAUAUGGGAGACACUGUGAAGGACAGAAUUCGGGAUGAGAAGUGGGCAGUCGACCUCUACGCAGGAAUUGGCUACUUUGUCUUCUCCUACGCCCGCCUCGGAAUGAGAGUCCUAUGCUGGGAGAUCAACCCUUGGAGCGUGGAAGGUCUACGACGGGGCGCCAGAGCAAACGGGUGGAGCGUACGCAUCGUCCAGGGUGACGACCUGACGCUUCCGGAAGAAGAGAUCCUUAGCGGUGGGGAGCAGAUCGUCGUGUUCCUGGAGAGUAACGAGGAAGCUCUGCGGAGGAUCCAAUCUCUACAGGCUCGAGGCAUAGCCCAGGAUAUCCGACACAUCAACUGCGGCUUCCUGCCCACGAGUGAGCCGACCUGGAGGCAUACAUGGGACAUGUCGGCCACGUCCAGUGAGACACGGCUGCAUCUCCACGAGAACGUGGGCGCCAACGACACUGAGACAAGACGGAGUGAGAUACAGCGCAUCUUUGAUGGCCGGGGCAAGGGCACGGGGCGGGCGGCAGAGGUUGAGCACGUCGAGUUGGUCAAGACGUUUGCGCCAGGCGUCUGGCACUGCGUCUUUGAUGUCCGUGUUUACAAUAUCUAG